AUGGAUAUGUCACAAAAAAGUACAAUGCAUGUUCAUGCUCCAAAUUCGUCUAAUGCGUACCCAACGGCUCAGGUGGUUACCCCCAUUGUACGCGAAAUAUCAUAUCAACAAUCUCGACUGGUCUACGCAGAAAGAAACAAAAAGACGUUCUUGCUUUUGGCGGAAGCGCAGCUUUUUCUUGGGUUGUCAGUGAUCGGUAUCGGUAUUGCUAGCAUAAUGACGUCGAGUGAAAUAGCGAAGUAUGAUGGUGGAAAUGCAGACAUAACUGGAGCAAUGAUUGCAAUCAGUGCAAUAGGAGGAAUUUUGGUUGUAAUAUAUCCCAUAUUCGGAAUGAUACAGUAUUGCUGUACAACGAAAUGCACGAUUAUCACCAACAUAGUCAUGUCUGUAUUUGGGAUACUUGAUACCUUCGGUGGUGCGGUGAGAGCGUUUUCUAUCAGCCUAAGUUCUAUGAACGACCCAAUGAUACCAUUAUUCUUGACCGUUACUUAUUUAUUACUUUUCCUUCUAUUCAUCUGUACUUGUGUGAUGGGCUCAAAAGCUGUAGGAUGCUGUACCUGUUGCGGAGAUCAGGAGGCCACACCACUCACUUUUGUUCCAUCUGGUAGACAACCACCAACGAACAUAUCUGGUAAAGUGCCCCAGCAUACUCUCGCGUAA